ACAGAAAAAAGGCAACGCCAAAAAAGAAGCAGCCAAAUUGUUAAAUUUACAAAAGUCAAUCUCCUGAAACUACCCAAAUCUCUCUCUCUCUCUCUCUCUCUCUCUCUCUCUCUCUCUCUCUCUCUCGGCUGCUUCGAACCAAGAGGUCUGAAGAGACGGCGAAAGAGAGAGUGAGCAGAUGAGGAACUUUCAUCUUCAUCUUCUUCUUCUUCUUCUUCUUCUUCUUCUCAGUGUUUCGGCUUCUCCUACGCUUCAUGCGCCUGCUUCACAACCUUCUCUCUCUCCAGUUUACACUUCCAUGGCGUCUUCUUUCUCUCCUGAAAUUUUCUGGGUUUUCCAUUCGAUGGUAUCAGGACAAGAAGUGGGCAGGGGACAUGGACACAAGUUAGAUGCGCACAAGAGGCUUCUGAUUGGUCUGAUAAUCAGUUCCUCGUCACUCGCUGUCGUUGUAUUGUGGUGUUUGUGUUUCUGGAUUUACCGGUGGAAGCAAUCUCUCAAAACCACCAAGAACAAUGUCAAGAACUCAGACACAGAGAGUGGGAUUUCACUGUCACCGUUUCUGUGGCGGCUAACCUCAGCAAGAACAUCGGCAAGAACGUCUAUCAAGAAGGGUUCUGUCCAGUUCUUUGAUUACAAGACGCUGGACAAAGCCACGGGCAGUUUCAAGGACACGAAUGUUUUAGGACAAGGGGGGUUUGGAUGCGUUUACAAGGCUUGUCUGGACAAUAACACUCUAGUAGCCAUCAAGAAGAUCGAAAACAUUAGCCAAGAAGCCAAACGAGAGUUUCAGAACGAAGUGGACUUGUUGGGAAAGAUCCAUCACCCAAACAUUAUCUCACUGUUGGGUUAUGGAAGUGAAGCCAGCUCGAGCUUUAUCGUCUAUGAGCUGAUGGAGAACGGAUCUUUGGAUUCACAGUUGCACGGACCUUCUCGUGGAUCCGCUUUAACAUGGCACAUGCGGAUGAAGAUUGCUCUAGACACAGCAAGAGGGUUAGAGUAUCUCCACGAGCGUUGCCGCCCUCCUGUUAUCCACAGAGAUCUGAAAUCUUCUAAUAUUCUUCUCGAUUCUUCCUUCCACGCCAAGAUUUCAGAUUUCGGACUCGCGGUAACCGUAGGGGUGCAUGACAAGAACAACAUUAAACUCUCGGGGACACUUGGUUAUGUUGCUCCUGAAUAUCUCUUGGACGGAAAAUUGACGGAUAAGAGCGAUGUUUACGCGUUCGGGGUGGUUCUUUUGGAACUCUUGUUGGGAAGGCGGCCUGUCGAGAAAUUGUCAUCUUCUCAGUGUCAAUCUCUUGUCACUUGGGCAAUGCCACAACUUACAGACAGGUCGAAGCUCCCAAAUAUUAUAGAUCCCGUCAUAAAAGAUACAAUGGAUCUUAAACAUUUAUACCAGGUCGCAGCCGUGGCAGUGCUUUGUGUGCAACCGGAACCGAGUUACCGACCAUUGAUAACCGAUGUACUUCAUUCGGUUAUUCCACUCGUGCCGGUUGAGCUAGGAGGUACUCUCCGGGUAGCAACACGUCCAGCUUCUUAACACAGAGCCUUUUGCUUGCUUCCCUCAAUUUGUAUAUGGGGUUUAUCCGAUCAAUUCAAAGGUUUGGGGUGCAAAUGUAAGAGUAAAAGUUUUCCGGGGUAUGAUUCUAUUUGUAUAAAUUGUUUAUAUGAGUUUCCCCACGUUACAUGUCAGUGACAUUGAUUAUAGUAAAACAAUAAAAAAGAAUUGUACUUUUAAAUUCAGAUAUAUUUUGAAUC